AUGAGGUGGGUGGGUGGGUGGGCGUGGCGUGUGGGUGGGGCUCUGGGGGUCAUCUGGCUGGUGGGCGUGGCUCUCCUGGCUCCCCCCGGACCCCUCUCCUCCACCAGUGACCCGCACCUGUCUGAACGCCUCCACCGGGCCGUGCAGGAGCUUGAUGUCCUGAAGAAGCAGAAUGAUGAUAUUAGACAAGUCCUGCAGGAUUUCACUCAGCAGGUGAAGUCGCUGAACAAUGAGGGGGCGGAGGCGGUGGCCAACACAGUGAAGAGCAACAGCAAUCCGGCAGUGGUGGCUGAGCUGCAGAGGAAGCUGGAACAUGCACAGAGGAUGCUGCAGCAGGCUGAUGUCACUGCAGAACGCAAGUCAAGUUCCUCAGACUUCACCCCUUCACUGGAGUUUGAGCUGACGAGGAGGCAGGUGGAAAAGGGAGUGCAGGAGAUGUGGUGGUAUACAUGCGACCAACUCCACCAGCUGAGGAAGCAGGUGGAAAUGUACACAGAAGCCAAGGAUCACAUUGAUCAGAUCCUGGAGGAGGGUCUUGACCACACCAGAGUCAUCCAAUACGACAUGAAUAAGCUGAGUAAACUGGAUGGUCUUGGCACUUGGAGAGAGCAGGAGGCAGCAGACUUGAGUAACCUUGUUCAGAGGAGGCUACAUGAUCUCCAAAACCCUCCAGACUGUAGCAGAGCGAAGAAACUUGUGUGUAAUCUGAACAAGGGAUGUGGGUAUGGCUGCCAGAUUCACCAUGUUGUGUAUUGCUUCAUCGUGGCAUAUGGUACCAAACGCACCCUCAUCCUCAAGUCCCGAGGGUGGCGCUACAACAAGAAUGGAUGGGAGGACGUAUUCCAGCCCCUUAGUGACUCCUGCACCAGCCCCACCGGCAACACACACUCCCACUGGCCAGGAACCAACGACACACAGGUGCUGGACUUACCAAUUAUUGACACACUAUCCCAACGGCCACCCUUCCUGCCACUGGCCAUCCCUAAGGACCUGUCGGAGCGCCUGACACGGCUGCACGGGGACCCAGCAGCCUGGUGGGUAGGGCAGUUCCUCAAGUACAUGUUAAAGCCACAGCCCAAGACUCAGGAGAUGCUGGACAACCUGUCAGACACACUAGGAUUCCAGAAACCAAUUGUGGGGGUCCAUGUGAGGAGAACAGACAAGGUGGGGACAGAGGCGGCCUUCCACUCCAUCGAUGAGUACAUGAGUCACGUGGAGAGUUACUACACCACGCUGAAGAUGACACAGCCUGAUGUGGUGAAGAGAGUGUACCUUGCCUCAGAUGACCCCACUGUCAUCACUGAGGCGCAGAAGAAGUUCCCAGACUACUCAUUCAUCGGGGACUCCAACAUAGCUCGGACAGCGGCAGUGGCUACACGCUACACUGACGCCUCCCUCAAGGGCAUUAUAGCAGAUGUGCACUUCCUCUCCCUCACUGAUCACCUUGUGUGCACCUUCUCAUCACAGGUGUGCCGCAUUGCAUAUGAAAUCAUGCAGACCUUCCAUCCCGACGCAUCCAGCUACUUCCGCUCCCUCGAUGACGUCUACUACUAUGGGGGACAGAAUGCUCACAACCAGAGAGUGCGCUUUCCCCACACACCUCGCAGAUCGGACGAACUCUCACUCGUUCCUGGGGACAUUGUGGGAAUUGCCGGGAACCACUGGGAUGGCUACUCUAAGGGCAUGAACAGACGCACUCGGCAGAACGGCCUCUAUCCGUCCUACAAGGUGGAGGAGGUGGUGGACGUUGCCGACUUUCCCAUUUAUCCUGACAGCCAGAGCCAGAAAGGAAGGGGAGCGUAAAUGUGUGUUUUCUGUGUGUGUGUGUGUGUGUGUGUGUGUGUGUGUGUGUGUGUGUGUGUGUGUGUUGAUAGAAGAUAACACAUGCAAUUAUUUUUAUCCUACAUAUAUUGAUUGAGAAGUAUAGAUUAAUUUGUAUUUCUUCCUGCUUCUUGUUUAUGUAUAUAUGUACAUGUGUGAUAAUUAUCUAGUGUAUUUAAUUCUGCGUCAGUAUUUCACGUCUUUUCUCUGUCGUUUUAACUGUGGAGUUUGAAAGGCAUACAGUUCUAUAUAUUACAGUACAAUAUUGCAUGGUUAGUAAUACAUUUCUGUAGCCUGAUUUAUAGAAAGUUGAAUUAUUUAGCUUCCUGUUGAUUUGAGUGAAUUGAGUGAAGAAUGGAUGAACGUAGAGAAAGAGAGAGAGAGAUAUACAUUUUAAGAAUUAACUAAUGCAAUACUCUUUUGAAAGCAUCCAUGAUUUAACGAGAAACUGAGUUAAUAAUUAUUGACAUACGUCUCGAAACUAAAAAAAUAACAUUUGGGUUUGAUGUGCCGCAUGUAAACAGCGACAAACCACCCAAAAAUCUUUCUGAGGCUCUUGACUUUUCAUUUGUACAAGGUGAGCCAAAGACUUUAGACACCUCAGUACGUGUCUGAUCUUUGGUUCACUCCUAGAAUGUCGACGCUCUUGCCAAAAGGAGGGUAGUGUGCAGUGAAGCAUGUGUUGGUGUACUCAGGGUAGAUGCUGUUGCAGAUUAUGAUGGAGGAAGAGAAGGAGGAGGAGGAGAAGGAGAGAGUAAAUCUGUCACAAAUAAUGGAGUAGAAGGAGAGGAGUAGUUAUAGGAAUCACUGUGAAGUUUUAAUGCAAGAGUUUAAGGAGAAAAGGAGAAGGAGAAGGUGAUAUAGAAGAAGGAGGAGGAGAAAUGUGAGAAAUGAGGAAAAGAGCAGUACUUAUAGAUAUUACUUUGAAGUUUUAAAGAGCAGGGAGAGAAUAAAGUGUGGAAGGAGGAGAACACUAGAUAUUAUGUAGAUACUUAAGGUGAGAAGAGGAGAAAGAGCCCCAGGGAGGGAAUAGAAAGAGGCUAGGUAUAGAAAUAACAAGGAACACUUUAAUUGAAAUGAUCUAGUAGAAGAAGAAGAGAAAGAAGGAGGAGGAGAAGGAAGAUGGAUUAAGAACUAAGGAAAUAUUCUAACAUUAGAUAUUAAAACAGAGAGAGAAAAAAAGAGGAGAUAGAAAACAGUGCAAAGAAGUGUUGAAAUGAAAACCUCGCUCUAAAAGGAUUAUAAAGAAAAUGUAUAGCAAACAUGUAUUGAUAUUAACCAUUGCAACGUCCUGCCAUUGGUGUGCUGGGAGAAACAUAUGUGGCAUUGUUUUCUUCACUGCAAGUUGUUGUUUUUCUUUGAAGAUGCAGUUACCGGUGUUUGUUAAUGUUCCGUCACCAUGUUGAUCACUCUGUGUUGUGAAAAAGUCAUGCACUCCCUUUAUCCCCUCCCCCUCAGUAACCAAUUUUUGCCACUUUUCCAUGCAGAGAAAUGUGAGGAGUAGAGAAAUGUUUGUCUGUGUAAAAGUAUCAUUCAUGUUUGGAGAUUGAGUAAUGAACCACACUCCCUCACACCUCAGAUUAUUCCCCAGUUGUCCGUGUAAGCUUCUUAAGAGAGGCAGAGUUGGGAAUAAACAGCAUUUUUGGAGCUGAUAGUUUGAGUGUGGCAACUUUAUGAGACAUUCUUUUAAUAGUAACAGAUUUUAAUACCUGUUGUGCAUGAGUUGUUUCCUUAUGACUUGUGUUUUUAGCUUUUUAUCAAAUUUCUGGGGUUGUCUUAAGAGUUCAUAAGUCAAACAACAUACUACACUUUCUUCCUAACAAAUUAUUUUCUCAAGUUGUCCAUACAGGGAAGUGUUUCAUUGUGUUGUGAGGGUGUAUGAGGCUACCAGAUGCAGUGAAAAGUGGUUAGUUUUGUCCAGAAAUCAAGAACCACACACCCUUUCCCUAACGGACCAUUUUUAACAGCUGUCCAUGUGUUUUGUAGCGUUACAGUGAUGGACAAGAGGAGUAGAGGAGUGUGGGUCUGUAAAAAGGGUUGGUCGUGUUCAGAAGUCAAGCAACAUACCAUACUUACUCUCUUCCUCUGUGAUUUAAGUUAGAGAUAGGGAAGAAAACACUCUUAUUUCCAUGUAUAUAUGUGCAACACUGUAUUACGUACAUUGUCCAUGAGAUUUUGUUAGAUAGACAUGACCUUCUUUCCACAGAACACCAAAUAGUCUUACUCUAACAAUGCGCAUCUUUCAGUGUCAUAAAAGUUUGUUGUUAUCUUUUCUCCUCACUCCAAAAAAUUAUCUACAUAGAAACAUGCUAAAAAAAAAUCACAUCUCAAACCAUAAUAACAAUUCACAAUGCCAUUUUUUCUACAGGUUUCAUUUUUAUAGACUAUCUCCUGACCCAUACACAUCCAUACAAACCACUGGCAUAAUUUCCCUGUUCUCCCAAAGAAAACUAAGCAAUUGAAGCCCUUAUGAAGAUAUACUAAUGAGUCGAUUUUUGACUGUCAGUGCAUCUGGGAAUAAACAAGUGUAUAAAGAUGAGUGUACAUAUGUAAAUAAGAACCAGUUAACCAGUUACUCAGUGUUUCCCUCCACUUGUCAGUCAAGGGUCCCCUCCAUUAAGUCGUUAGCAGCCAGUUACUACAGUUAUCACAGUCAUCACGGUUAUUAGUUGUUAUAUUCACACGUCUUGAUUACCACUUUGUAAGCCCCAGUUAGUGUGGUGCAGGUUACAUGGGAGUUGGUGUCAUUUGCAUUUGUUUUCAUUAGUCUCUACAGUUAUCAGUUAUUUCUUCCACACAUCUCUGAAAAACUACACCAUUUGAAGAGCUCCAGUUUGUUAUGGUACAGGUUAUAAUGCAAGUUUGUGUUGUUUUCAUGUAGUGUUGUAUUGCUUGUGGUUGCUUGAAUGGAGCCACUUGUUUUUACUUGUUAUUGGUUGAUUUUUUUUAAAGAUUUUAGCUGUAUUGGUCUGUUUUUUAGAUUCAGGAGGAGAAAGACAUUAUGCUUUUUAUAAUGACUUGCUUCUUUUAUGUCAUUGAUUGAUUUUUUUAUGAUUAUUCAUAAGUUGUAAGUAAAAUUUUAGUUUUCUUAUUAUUUAUGAGUUAGAAUGACUCUUGUGAUAUUUUUUUAUUAUGAAUUGCUUCUAAAUUAUUUGAAUGAUGAGUAUGAAAGGAGCUUCCAUUUGAUAUGUUUUUAUUCACCCAAAAGAAAUCAUGUUUAUGCACCUACGAUUGGAAAAAAAAAUCCAGCUGUUUUAGAAUAUGAAUAUGAAAAAACUCAGAUCUGCCAUUAUAUUAACUGGGGUUUCAAAUAUGUAAGGCGAUUCAUGUUGACUUCAAUAUUUCAGAAUUUAGCCUUUUCUGUGUCCCUUCAGUUCUGUAUCUCUUGUUAAAUAUUGUAAAGAUAUCAUAUAUACAGUGACUCUUCAUCUUUUGGUUGGUGUUCUUGAAUGUCCCAAUGCUUUAUCUCAAUUCUUGGCAGUUAAUGGGCUUUAGUGGAAGUUAUUGAGGCUUGCAAGAGUGUUUUUGUGAUUUGGUGAUACUUUAACAGGUCAUAGUUGGAAGUAGGGAUUUUCAAAGGUGUUUCCAAGAUUCUAGUUGUAGUUGUUGGGGGUUUUCAAGGGUGUUUUUUGUGAUUCUAGCGAUUAACAUUGUAGUGGAGGUUAUUAGGGUUUUUUGAGGGAGUUUUCAUAAUGCUAGUAAUAGUUGAACAUUGUAAUGGAAGUUAUUAGGGUUUUUUGAGGGAGUUUUCAUGAUCCUAGUAUUAGUUGAACAUUGCAAUGUAAGUUAUUAGGGUUUUCAAGGGAUUUCUCAUGAUGCUAGUGAUAGUUUAAGAGGCUGUUGCAUAAGCUGAGAUUUUCAAGGGAGUUUUCAUGAUUAGUAAUAACAUAACAAGCAUAUCACAUCACCAAAUAAAUGAAAAAACACCCAUGUGAACCUGACUAACCAUCUCCGUGGCCUUUCUAAAAACAGCACUGAUGAGAACCAAAGACUUAAGAACACCAGCCUCAAAUAUCUUAAAAACUACCUUAAACUUUUCUAACCAUACAUGGACGCGACAUCUGUGAUUGCCAUUUACUGUACAUAUGAGGUUAACCGACCAUCCCUAAUGAGUGCUAACUACCUGGGAGGACGGCAGGUAGGCUCUUUUGUAUUUAGUGAACCAUGUGUGAUAGUGUGGACUGGAGGGCAUAAUGUGUUCGUGUUUGGUGUAAGUGACCCCUUGGCGAUCCUUGUCUCAGAGUGUUGUAUACUGAAGAAACAGAGAGAAAAGAGAGGGAGAGAAAGAAAAUGAGUAAGAGAGUAAGAGAAUACUAUUAAAUAAGAUUGUAAAGGAGAGGAAGAGAAAACUACUAAAUAAGAGAGAAAAUGAGAGGAACAGAAGAUUAUUAAGCAUUGUGAGACUUUGUAAAUGAGAGGAAGUUAGUGAAGGAGAUGCUGGGAGAGUUAGUGUCCCUCAUCUUGAAACCAGGAAUUUAUCUGAAAGGGAGAAAGGGGAGACAGAUAAAUGUUUCUCAUCUUGGAGGUGUUAAAUGCAGAAGGAAAAGAGAGGGAUAGCUAAGUAAAUGUUCCUCAUCUUGAAAGAGAAAUAAAAUGAGAGAAGAAAGUAAAUAAGUGUUUUCAAGUCUUAUAUUCAGCUGAAAUUUCCAUAAGAGAAUAGCUGAAAAAACUAGCAAUCAUCUCUCUCGUAAGUUUUAUAUACAGAUGACUUGAAGGAAAAAGGAGGAGAAAUUAAGCGUUCCUUCAUUAACUUUCUUAUAUAGCCAGAGUUUGCUUAAGGGAAGGCUGAGUGAGACGAGGCAAGUUAUCCUCAUCGUGGUUUUAUAUUUAGAGUGAAGGAAGGAGUGGCCAAGUGGGAUGCAGCUGUAGGCAUUCCAAGUCAUGAUAACCAAACGUGACAUUCCUGUUUUAUAUUCGAAGGCUGAAGUGUUGUAUGUGUCAGUUGCACUCGAAUAAAAGAGAGAAAGUCAGUGUGGCUUGUGUUGUUA